GGCACUCCAGUGGGGCCUGGGGCUCUGGAGUAUCUGAGCAUUUUGGGUAACAGGGCCAAGGGGAUCUGGGCUCGUCCCUUUUGGAUUCUGCGGCAGGCAGGGUAACAGUCCCCUGCUGUGCUGUCUGGGGGGAGUCUGAUCAGCAGGGCGGAGAGGCUCUGUCGUCCCCCCUCUCAGUGCCUGUGGUGGCCGGUGUCAGGACUGAAGUCUGCUCUAUCCAUACUGAGGAAGAGGUGGAGAGGGGGCUGCUGGAUGCAUGACUCCCCCAAAAGUAUCAAAUCAAGGCCCCUGACUGGUUUAGUGAAGGUGUGUGUGGGCAGAGAUUCAACAUGAACCGGUACCUCCCAGUAGCCCGGCAGCAUUUUCUGGCUGUGCUGGCCAGCACCAGUGUGGUGGUGAAGUCCAUCUGUGCCACUGUCAUCCUGCUCUACCUUCUAUCCUUUGCUGUGGACACGGUGUUCGGGCUUGGCGUGACUCCUGGUUACCUCUUUCCACCCAACUUUUGGAUCUGGACGUUGGCCACACACAGUGUGGUGGAGAAGCAUGUCUGGGACGUUGGCGUGAGCCUGGCCACAGUAGUGCUGGCUGGCAGGCUGCUGGAGCCCCUGUGGGGAGCACUGGAGCUCCUGAUCUUCUUUGCAGUGGUGAAUAUCUCAGUUGGGCUUCUGGGAGCCUUUGCCUACUUUCUCACCUAUGUGGGGUCAUUCAAUCUCUUGUACCUGUUUACCGUUCGCAUUCACGGCAUGCUGGGCUUCCUCGGUGGGGUCUUGGUGGCCCUCAAGCAGACCAUGGGCGACAGCACUGUCCUGAAGGUGCCCCAGGUGCGGAUGAAAGUGGUCCCUAUGCUCUUACUCCUUAUCCUGGCUGUUCUGAGGCUGACCACCCUAAUUGAAAGCAACCUAUUGGCCUCUUAUGGCUUUGGGGUCCUCUCCAGCUGGAUCUAUCUUCGUUUCUACCAGCGGCACAGUAGGGGACGUGGAGACAUGUCAGACCACUUUGCCUUUGCCACGUUCUUCCCCGAGAUCCUGCAGCCCGUGAUUGGUUUGGUGGCCAACUUGGUGCAUGGCAUCUUGGUGAAGGUAAAAGUUUGCCGGAAAACAGUGAAGCGUUACGAUGUGGGUGCUCCUUCGUCCAUCACCAUCAGCCUGCCUGGAACAGACCCGCAGGAUGCUGAGAGGAGAAGACAACUCGCCCUGAAGGCGCUGAAUGAGCGGUUGAAACGCGUGGAGGACCAGUCAGCAUGGCCCAGCAUGGAGGACGAUGAGGAUGAGGGAGGUCCCAAGGCGGACAGCCCGCUGCUCCCUGAGAAGAGCCAAAGCAGCCGGGAUGCCAAUGCUGCAGGGAAAGGAGCCAGCCAGGAGUCCAGCCUCAUCACCUUUGAGGAUGCUCCCCCUCAGCUGUGACCUGUGAACAUACCGCCUCCCCUGUCAGAGUGAUCCCUCCUAUCUUCUCACAGUCCUGUCUGCUCCCCAGUAAUGCUGUCUGCAGGGAGCAAGGGGACACCUCCAGCAACCUCAAGGGGAGAGGGCUACCUCAUUCCAGCAUUUAAUAGCCACAGUUGGCUGAUGCCGUGUUUCUAGACUGUCUCUGGGUGGUAACCGUUAGCCAGUGCUGGCUCCUUGGAAGGGCGCUCUCUCCUGCUGGGGCUCUGGUUCUCAUUCGCUUUCUUCAGUGGUGAUGUGAGGUUCCUCAAAGACACUAAGCAGGGCUGGGCACCAACCACCAAGGGGGGUGGACUCGUGUGUGUCUCUUCAGCACAGGACAUGGACUGGUCUGUCCAGAGAGGCCUUACGCUGGCCGCCUCUGCCAGUAGCCACCACUGGGGCUAACUGACUGUAUACGCCUCAGUGGUGGCCAUGGCACUGGACUCAUCCGGCCUCAGGAUUUGCCCUAUGCAUGGUUGGUCAGGUCCCAAUUUUGAAGCCUGUGUGCUAGACCACUAGAUGAUCCUCACAGCAUCCCAGAGGGCAAACUCAGCAAGUGAUACAGCACUUUCUCUCUCUUACUUUUGUGGUGGUGGUUGUUAAAAAGUACCCUGCAGCUUCCUUUUUCCCUUUCAAAGUUAGUUUUGUUACUGAUCUGAGGAGUGGGAAGUUUUUCUUAAUCCCUUUGCUGUAUUAACCCUUUCCCCUCUGGCCCCAUUAUCUGGCAAGAACUGACUACAAUAAAUUCCUGAGUUGAGAAUUUGCCAUGAUCAUUAGAUAAGCCUGUUUAGCUACAAAGUAAUUGCUUAAUACCACCCCCUUGCUGCAGCUGCCUACCUUGAAUUAUUGA